CUAAUGAGUUUAAUUUAGCUCUUAAAAAUCUGCCUACCAGGCUGUUUCUCUAAUAUUGUGACUGUUGGGCCUUUUCUUCUAAGAACUAUCUAGAAAGAAUAUUUAUGUCUCAUGUGUUUAUGUGAAUGUGUAUCUUAAUUUGUUUCAGUCUCUCCCAUUUAAAAAGUAGUUCUAAAGAGUAGAAUAUAUAUGGUAAACACUGUUCACUCCCAGGUUUCACUCUGUGCUAUAACAGGAAAUGCAUUUCUGACACUUUUAAAAUGAGCAAUCACACGUAUAAUCAACUUGGUUAAAACUUCCUUCCUGGUAACUGCAACACUUCCUCUGAAUCUGGAUACGAAGGGAGACCCAGAAAAGCGGAAGAGUUUAGAGGCACACUGGGCAGAUUCGAAUUUGUUUUGUUUUCAAAAAUUAAACAAAUGAUCCUUCAGCAUCAUCACCUCCGCCGCUUUAUCAGUGAAAGUACCUGGUUGAUGAACCCCCACGUACCUGCCGGCCGUGCCGAGCAAGUGUUGAACCCGGUUUCACCCUCACCUCUGAGGGAUCACUAACCCCAUCUGACGCCGGGGAAACGGCUCAGAGACUCUCCAACCCGAUACUAAGCGCUGGGGCCGGGAUUGCGGGCCCCGCUCCCAAAGCCCCCGCGUCUUCGCGCGCCUCUGCCGCCUCGGGAAGAAGGUGCACAGCAGGUGACAAGGCGCUCUGGGUCUCGCCCGCAGGUCGCGCAGCGCAUGGAGCUGAGCGGCCGUGAGGAGCCCGUGGUCCUGAGGGCGGACGGCCGCCGGCGGCGCCGCAGGAUGACGCCGCGCGGCGCCGGGCCCCCCGCGGAGCUCACCGCCGUCGAGUUCGUGCUGCCCACCCGCCGGCGCGCCGGCGGCGCCCCCGAGACGGCGCUGCUGCACGUGGCCGGCCGCGGCAGCGUGGCGCAGAUGAAGGCGCAGGCGUGGCUGCGCGCGCUGGAGACGAGCGCGGCCGCCGACUUCUACCGCCGGCUCGGCCCCGAGCACUUCCUCCUCCUCUACCAGAAGAAGGGCCAGUGGUACGAGAUCUACGACGAGCACCAGGUGGUGCAGACGCUGGACUGCCUGCGCUACUGGCAGGCGCUGCGCCGCAGCCCGGGCCAGAUCCACCUGGUGCAGCGGCGGGCGCCCUCGGACGAGACGCGGGCCUUCCAGCGGCAGCUCACCGCCCUCAUCGGCUACGACGUCACCGACGUCAGCAACGUGCACGACAACGAGCUCGAGUUCACGCGCCGCCGCCUGGUCACCCCGCGCACGGCGGAGGUGGCCGGCCGCGACCCUCGGCUCUACGCCAUGCACCCGUGGGUGACCUCGAAGCCGCUCCCGGAGUAUCUGUUGAAGAAGAUCGCCAACAACUGCGUCUUCAUCGUCAUCCACCGCGGCACCACCAGCCAGACCAUCAAGGUCUCGGCCGACGACACCCCAGGCGCCAUCCUCCAGAGCUUCUUCACCAAGAUGGCCAAGAAGAAGUCUCUGAUGGAUAUCCCCGAAAGCCAGAGCGAACAGGAUUUUGUGCUGCGCGUCUGCGGCCGGGACGAGUACCUAGUGGGUGAAACGCCCAUCAAGAACUUCCAGUGGGUGAGGCAGUGCCUCAAGAAUGGAGAAGAGAUCCAUCUGGUGCUUGACACGCCUCCAGACCCGGCCCUGGACGAGGUGAGGAAGGAAGAGUGGCCCCUGGUGGAUGACUGCACAGGAGUCACCGGCUACCAUGAGCAGCUGACCAUCCACGGGAAGGACCACGAGAGUGUGUUCACCGUGUCCCUGUGGGACUGUGACCGGAAGUUCAGGGUCAAAAUCAGAGGCAUUGAUAUCCCUGUGCUGCCCCGGAACGCCGACCUCACGGUUUUCGUGGAGGCAAACAUCCAGCACGGGCAGCAAGUCCUUUGCCAAAGGAGAACCAGCCCCAAGCCCUUUACAGAGGAGGUGCUCUGGAAUGUGUGGCUCGAGUUCAGUAUCAAAAUCAAAGACUUACCCAGAGGGGCUCUACUCAACCUUCAGAUCUACUGUAGCAAAGCCCCAGUGCUGCCGGGCAAGGCCUCUGCAGAGACUCCCAGUUCCGAGGCCAGAGGCAAAACUCAGCUCCUCUAUUAUGUGAACCUGCUGCUGAUAGACCACCGAUUCCUCCUGCGCCACGGGGAGUAUGUGCUCCACAUGUGGCAGAUAUCUGGAAAGGGAGAAGACCAAGGGAGCUUCAGUGCGGACAAGCUCACGUCGGCGACCAACCCAGACAAGGAGAACUCGAUGUCCAUCUCCAUCCUUCUGGACAAUUACUGCCACCCAAUAGCCUUACCUAAGCAUCGGCCCACCCCUGACCCCGAAGGGGACCGGGUUCGAGCAGAAAUGCCCAACCAGCUUCGGAAGCAACUGGAGGCAAUCAUAGCCACUGAUCCACUUAACCCUCUCACGGCAGAGGACAAAGAACUGCUCUGGCAUUUUAGAUAUGAAAGCCUUAAGCAUCCAAAGGCGUAUCCUAAGCUCUUUAGCUCUGUAAAAUGGGGACAGCAAGAAAUUGUAGCCAAAACAUACCAAUUGUUAGCCAGACGGGAGGUCUGGGAUCAAAGUGCUUUGGAUGUGGGGUUAACAAUGCAACUCCUGGACUGCAACUUUUCGGAUGAAAAUGUAAGAGCCAUUGCAGUGCAGAAACUGGAGAGCUUGGAAGACGACGAUGUUCUGCAUUACCUGCUACAGCUGGUCCAGGCUGUGAAAUUUGAGCCCUAUCAUGACAGUGCUCUCGCCAGAUUUCUGCUGAAGCGUGGCCUCAGAAACAAAAGAAUUGGUCACUUCUUGUUUUGGUUCUUGAGAAGCGAGAUAGCACAGUCCAGACACUACCAGCAGAGGUUUGCCGUGAUUCUAGAAGCCUACCUGAGGGGCUGUGGCACGGCCAUGCUGCAUGACUUCACUGACCAAGUUCAAGUGAUCGAGAUGCUACAGAAGGUCACCCUUGAUAUUAAAUCGCUCUCUGCUGAAAAGUAUGAUGUCAGUUCCCAAGUUAUUUCACAGCUUAAGCAAAAGCUUGAAAACCUGCAGAAUUCGAAUCUCCCCAAAAGCUUUAGAGUCCCAUAUGAUCCUGGACUGAAGGCUGGAGCACUCGUGAUUGAAAAAUGUAAAGUGAUGGCCUCCAAGAAAAAGCCCCUAUGGCUUGAGUUUAAAUGUGCUGACCCUACAGCUCUAUCAAAUGAAACAAUUGGAAUUAUCUUUAAACAUGGUGAUGAUCUGCGCCAAGACAUGCUGAUUUUACAGAUUCUACGAAUCAUGGAAUCCAUUUGGGAGACUGAAUCUCUGGAUCUGUGCCUCCUGCCAUAUGGUUGCAUUUCAACUGGUGACAAAAUAGGAAUGAUCGAGAUUGUGAAAGAGGCCACAACAAUUGCCAAAAUUCAGCAAAGCACUGUGGGCAACACGGGAGCAUUUAAAGACGAAGUCCUGAAUCACUGGCUCAAAGAAAAAUGCCCUAUUGAAGAAAAGUUUCAGGCAGCAGUGGAGAGAUUCGUUUAUUCCUGUGCCGGCUACUGUGUGGCUACCUUUGUUCUUGGAAUAGGCGACAGGCACAACGACAAUAUUAUGAUCACAGAGACAGGAAAUCUAUUUCAUAUUGACUUUGGACACAUUCUCGGGAAUUAUAAAAGUUUCCUGGGCAUCAAUAAAGAGAGAGUGCCAUUUGUGCUAACCCCAGACUUCCUGUUUGUGAUGGGAACUUCUGGAAAGAAGACAAGCCUACACUUCCAGAAAUUUCAGGACGUUUGCGUUAAGGCUUACCUCGCUCUCCGUCAUCACACAAACCUGCUGAUCAUCCUGUUCUCUAUGAUGCUGAUGACGGGAAUGCCCCAGUUAACAAGCAAAGAAGAUAUUGAAUAUAUUCGGGAUGCCCUAACAGUGGGUAAAAGUGAGGAGGAUGCUAAGAAGUAUUUUCUUGAUCAGAUCGAAGUGUGUAGAGACAAAGGAUGGACCGUGCAAUUUAACUGGUUCCUGCAUCUUGUCCUGGGCAUCAAACAAGGGGAGAAACAUUCAGCCUAAUUCUCUGGGCUAAAAUUAAGAACAAGUUGGUGUUCUAAAGCUUUAAGUCAGCAUGUCCGUCAUCGAACUUGGAUUGAAAAUGCAAAACAGGACAUUAGGAAAGCUGGCACUUCAGAAAUGCAGCUCUGUUCCCAGCCGAACCCUUUACUGGAGAAAAAUACUGGCAUGUUGGUUUGUUUAAACAAUGUUCAGUUUUAGGCUUGUAUGCAGGUUUUUCCUCAUUUGCCUCAGUGAUGUUGGAGGACAUUCUAAGUUUAAACGAACUAAUUACGUUCUCAUUGGGCCUGCUGGUUUGACUAUCUUAUUAUUGAGUGCUUCUGGAAUAAUUGGUGACCUCUCUUUUUAUCUGGGUUUACUCUCAAUUUGGGUUAUUCUUGUGCUCCUCAAUCUCUUUAGAGAAAACGAUGUAAUCACUGUAACCUCUGCCUCAUUCCCUAAAGGACACUUCUAAACAUGCCCCUCCAUGUCUGUAGAUGAUAGCGAUUUGCUAAAAGCAAAGGAAGGUGAGUUAGUCUUCUCAGUGUCUUCCGUAAUUAAGUUCUUGUACAGUAUACAGCUGAGACACACAAACACACAGUGGAAAAUCUGAACCUUUGUGCCCUGGCCCUUCUCUGCUGGUCUGGUUCAGGGUUACGAAGAGGAAUAACAGAGAGGAGACUUUUCAUCUCAACUCUGCCUAAGAGUAAAUUGUCAAUUCCAGCUACGAUAGCCUUAUCUAGCAUGGAAAUAGGAAGAAACUAAAGGGGCUCAUUUUUUACCUUUACAUCCUCCUCCCUGCCUCCUUUCUUCCUUAAUUGGUACCCCCCCCACACACACACAUAACUCUUUACCCAAGUUGUGAAGUCCUCAAAUAUGCAUGCACCCUAGAAUUCAAAACUUAGUUGCAAAACAACUUCUCCCCUAGGGUUACUGGAAUUUUAGGUAUUUAUUUGUAAAAAUGUUUGGUGGAGUUUUUUUUAAGUAUAUUAUGAAAGAGGACAUUCUAGGAAAUAUUGAUUCAUUUCCAAAUGCCUUAAUUUUACAUUUUGGUCUAAGCGGUUUUUACUUUCUUUUUUUUAAUGGGAGAAGGUAUUUGGUAUCUAAACAGUACUUCAAACUAGGAAGAACACCACUUGUCCCGUUCAUCUCUCAGCUUAAAGGACUUUUAAACUCUGACACAUUCUUCAGAUUUCCUAAAAAUUGAAAUGUCUUCUUUAAAACCAUGUUCAUCUCCUAAAUAUCUUGCUAAUUAUUGGAAGUCUUGUUUAACCUUAGAGAAAGAUCGUUUAAUUAUUUAUAAAAUAUUUCUAAAUUACCUAUAGUUAAUAGCUGACCUAGAAAUAACACUGUUCACCGUGUCUGUGUUUAAACAUGAUCAGAUAGAAAUAGGUGUUUAAGUUAAAAUUUUUCUAAAUAGAUACCUUUGGUAUAGCCCAAACCUUUUUUAUUUUGUAUAUGCAAAAGGCCUUUGAAGGUGCAGGGAACACUGCUUCCUUGCUGGCUGCGCCUUUCCCUGGCUCAUAAGGUGUCUAGAAAGAACUCUUCCUUGACAGCUUGUUCUUCCAAUACGACUCUAUCCCCCUAUGCAGAAGGCCAUGCCCUGUGAUGCAUUAAUGAAUGCAUUAAUGGAAGGUUGAUGUCGUAUGAUAUUUUUACAACUAUUCCCUACCAUUCUUUCGGAAAAAAACAGGAAGAAUGAUGCCUUCUAAUUCCGAAGAUUUAUUCAUUAUUCUUAUUAAAAAAAUAGCUGAACGUGGCCUCGCACACGUUCUGCUUUUUAUUUGAAUUGCUGAAAUAAUCAUGUUGAUAGAAGAGUUAGAGGAAUGUAUUUAUAUUUAGCUUACGGGCCCAUGGGCAUACCUGUUUUCAGAGGUCUAGUUCUUUCGUUACGCUGAUCCGCAUCACACUGGGCUUGAUUCUUCUGUAUCUUAGUGAAGGUAGAACUUUAACUCUUUAGACUUGCACUUAAAAAUCACCUUUGUGUGCCUCUUUCAUUCAUUAUUUCCAGUGAAUCACAUGACUCAUAGCUUUUAGACCUUUGAAAAUGUUCCAGAGCUCAGGUCAUCUUCUCCCGGGAGGAGAUAUGAGGGAACUACCCACAACUCUUAUCUUCACUGCCAGAUGAAAAGAGAGAUCACAAGUCCGAUGAUUCAGGUCAAAGCAGCUUUUAUGUAUGUCCAGGACUGGCUAUAGGAUUUGCAGAGCCCAGUGCAAAAUGAAAAUGUGGGGCGUGCCAUUCAAACAUUAUUAAGAAAUUCAAGAUAGCAACAGCAGAGCAUGAAACCAAGCACAGGAACUUCUGACCAUGAGUCACUGCACAGGUCACAAGCCCAUGAAGCUGGCACUGUACAGAUCUGAAUAAUGGCUUUGGUGCUCAAUUUUGCACUUGGACUAUGUCUGUAUGCGUUCAGAUAAAGUGCCCGGGUCAAAAUGCUGUUUCUGUUCUAAUUAAAAUACCUCAUUUCUAUGGCUGUACAUUAGGACCUAAGACACUGGCCCACUGAUUUGGGACUGGAAUCAUGGCCACUAAAAGGAGAGCAAAGCAUGUUUUGAAAGGACACAUGCACCCCAAUGUUUAUAGCAGUGGUACUGACAACAGCCAAAGUAUGGAAAG